GUUCCCUGACUCACUGACUUUCGCAUCUCUCGCUCCACGUGAAACAUGCCACAGCAGUCACGGAUACGCCAUUCAAUCUGUCCCCUUCACCGGUAGAUGCUACCCUGGUCACAUUGCUAUCCCAAUUUCGGGGGGUCUUAUGCGCAUCUCCAGCCCUAAGGUCCACCAGGGUCCGACAAGUCUCAAACGGUGAGUAACUGUUCCAGCUUACAUACAUUAGCACCACAUACAAAGGCUGGAGGUGAGGUGAAGAUCGAUAUAAUCCCCCAGGCAUUCCAGACUUCAAUGUCCGUAUUACUCCUUGCCCAAUCCAUCCAUGUUCGAUCCUUCCAUCCACCCAUCUCAUCUCCCGCUACCGGCAAUAAGAUAAAGGGUGUCCGUGCUCUCUCCUUCAAAUUUAUCGAAAGAUUAAUUGAUCGAAUACCAACCCCUCGCAAUCAACACACCAAACCAUUGUAUACAUGAUCACAUCCAUCUUCAUUCUUCCUGCUUUCGACAGCUCCAUCUUGCAGACAAUCACGAUGCCUUCAACGUGCAGGACAAAAGUCGCUCUCUUCAAGGGUCUGCGACCUCUUUUCUCCAACCAACAACAAAUCUCCACCACUCAAAGAAUCCUGUCUUCGACAUGUUCAACAUCCUGCAUCUACUGCGAUAUCUGGAAGCUUGCAGCUCUCAUAGCCUCCCAUGUGCCCCUAGCCGCGCGGUACAACCUGCUGUCAAGCACACCCACAGCCUCACCAACUUCUUCUCGACCUUCAAGCCCAUUCCUCUCACCCAUCGACUCAACAGCAUCUCAGUCAACUCCAUACGCACACAUCUUGUCUGCAUCAAGGAAGAUCGAAGCACAGAUCCAACUUCAACGAUCACAACUCAACUCAAUACUUAGCAUUUGCACGGUAUCCGGAGCCGAUGAGUGCGAGGGCUUGUGGAUUGCACACGACCGAUGUUCUGCCGCACUUGAAGACCUGCUCGAUCAGGAAGAAGACUUGGAGGAAGCUCUUCUCGAAGAUAUCCAGGAACAGCAGACCACGGCAUACGACUACGACUACGACUACGGCUACGGCUACGGCUACGGCCAUGCCUCACAGUACAGCUAUCCUGAGAUCAAAGGCUACGCAUACCCGCAAGAAAGAAGGCCCAGCAUGGUGGACGUGGCCAUCUGAGUCCAUUGUGCUGUGCCAAAAUGUCUUGUCCGUAUUUGGAAAAAUUGAUACCAGCGAAUGUAAAAGCAAGCGACUACCCGGUUUUGUUUUGAGCGUAUUUCUUCAGGUCCAGACUGAAGAUUGGGGUCCAGAGCAGCAGCCUGCUAUGACCAAAAACAGAUAUCAUGACCCAGGAUGAGGAGAUAAUGUGUAUCAAAAUGAUAUUCACUCCAUGACUUUCCAC